AUGUCUCGACGCGCACGUCAAACGUCAACAAGGCGUCACUCGUCGUCCACGUCGUCACAACACCAUAACCACCAGAGCACCUCAUUUACGAAACCAAAUGGUUACCAAGAAAACCCCGUACCACAUCACUACCAAGACUACGCUAGAAAAUCUAGUUCCAGCAGGAGAAAUGGCUACCCAACCACAACUAUAGAUAUAGGUUAUAGUGAUGACACUACAGACACCCAAAGUUAUUUCGACUACUACCAGGACAACGGUUUUCAGCACAGUCCUCUUAAGGAGUCGAGGAAUACGGACUGCACCUUUACGGACGACAGUGGCUCCACCAGGUUACCUUACUACGAGUUCGACGAUGAAACGAAUAAAAGGUAUUCGAGGAACGCGUUUUCGGACCGGAGCACCAGAAGAUCUCACCACAGCAAGGAUCAAAGAAAGGUUUAUCCCAACCAGGAUGUCGGCUGGGACAGGGUCUAUCAAGAGAUUGCAUCGCCAUGUGAUAUUGUCGUUGCAAAUCCAACUGACCGACGACAGCCGAUUUCACGCGUAUCAGACAGACCGCAGAGUUCGUUGAGUUCCGGCUUAACCAGUGCUGCCGUUUACGGGUGCGGCGGAAGAUGCCAAACGUUCGAGAAUGUUUGCUAUUUUUUUCUGCAGCUGGUUUUUUCCAUGGGCAUUUUAAUUGGCGUAUCCUUGUGCAUCGCCGGCGUAGUUUUGCGCGAAUCGGCCGCCAGAAAGCUGCAAGUGUUGGUUUACAUCGGCAUUUUGUUGGCAAUAGUCAGCGCACUACUUUUGAGCAUACAAUGUAACGCCCGAAACGCGACCAAACGUCGCAAGAUGGCCAUACAGAACGCCAAAAGAGCCCCCAUUCAAAUGGAGACCCUCCAUUCUAGAACCAUGCCCUUCCAACAGGAGCCGCUAAUGGUGGACGGCCCAAUGCACAGGAUAGUACAAAUUCCCCAAAUCCACAGACCUCUACCUAUGCCUGAUGCCAGUUCUCUAGUAGAAGAACAGGGUAUACCAUGGUGGAGAAGGAAGGAUCUAAAUCCCAGAUGA